AUGAAAGCCAGUGGAACUACAUACACACUUGCUUCCACUUUAGGAUCAAAAGACUUGCUUCUGACAGGACAAAGAGACCUGAACUCUUUCCUCUGGACAAUCCGGAGAGAUCCUCCUGCCUACUUGUUUGGCACCAUCCAUGUUCCUUACACACGGGUGUGGGAUUUUGUUCCUCAGAACUCCAAAGCUGCUUUUCAAGCCAGCUCCAGUGUGUACUUUGAACUGGAUCUCACGAACCCUUCCACUAUCUCAGGCCUGGCCAACUGUCAGUUACUUCCUCAUGGAGAGAAUUUACAGGAUGUGCUCCCCCAGGAUCUCUACCAUCGCCUCAAACGCCAUCUUGAGUAUGUCCGGUUGAUGCUGCCUCACUGGAUGACUCCAGAUCAAAGGGGCAGAGGCCUUUACGCUGAUUACCUUUUCAACGCCAUAGCUGGGAAUUGGGAACGCAAAAGACCUGUCUGGGUAAUGCUGAUGGUCAAUUCCUUGACUGAGACGGACGUCCGUUCACGAGGAGUGCCGGUGUUGGACCUUCACUUGGCUCAAGAGGCUGAAAGGAUGAAGAAAGGAACAGGAGCUGUGGAGAGAGUAGAAGAGCAAUGUCACCCUUUGAAUGGGCUGAACUUCUCCCAGGUGCUGUUUGCUUUGAAUCAAACAUUAUUACAACAUGAAAGUCUUCGAGCUGGCAGCUGGCAGGCUCCUUACACAACCGAAGACCUCAUCAAGCAUUACAAUUGUGGUGACUUAAAUGCUGUUAUAUUCAACCAUGAUUCUUCACAGGGAGAAACGGAUAAUGUGAUUCCCAGUUCCGCUGAAAAUGAUAAUUUCCCUGAAUCCAACAUUUGCUGUAAGUUUUCUGAAACUUUUGCAAAAGUAAAUGACAGUCCAUUAGGACAUUUCCUGGGCAACAACACUGUUAUUGAUGUGCUGAGACAAGCAGGAUUUGAAGUGGAGCACAUACCUGCAGGACAACCAGUGGAAAAUCCCAAGGCAAGCAGAUAUCACCCUUCUUCUGCAACAGCUGCCCCCCUUGUCAUUGAGCAUGUACGGUUGUCUUCGUCUUCAGCACCUCCUCCUGCCAAUGAAGAAGAUAGCCUUCCUCCACACCUCCUGUUACCAGAUAGCAUCAGCCAGCUAGAAGAAUUUGGACGGCAGAAAAACUGGCACAAGAAACAAUAUAAAAUCCACCGCCAAAGGCAAUUCAAUGAUCUAUGGGUCCGGAUAGAAGAAGGCACAACCACCAUGCCUUCUGAUAUCAGAAUGACGGAUGGACUCAUCUCUGUCAACCCAUCUAUUUGGUUCUCAAACCAGGUGGAGCAACAGCCACACCCAGACCUUGCAUUCCACCAUCACCUCAAAAGCUGUGCCUUUGAAAGCACCAUAGCAUCACUUUGCAUUGUCUCCGUGCUCACAGCAAUGGCUUAUGUUCUUUUAGAUCUACUGAAUCCUUCCUGA